AUGGCAACGCAAAUCAAGGUGAAUGGCAGAGACUUGGAGCCCUUGCUCCUGAGCCGCCUCUGCGAUCGGGGUACGGCACUGCAGCCAGACAACCUCAUCAUAACCAGGACGCGAUCCGGCUACGUGAAGCAGACCUAUGCGGAGCACGGUCAACGGGCCAAGCAGCUGGGCUCAGCCUUGACCAAAUGGGGAGUGAAAAUCGAGGAUCGUGUGGCAACGCUCAUGUGGAACACAGGCUGGCACUUUGAAUGCUAUCACGCAAUUUCCUGCAUUGGCGCAGUGCUGCACACUUUGAACCUGAGAUUGAGUCCUGCAGAUCAGGAGUACAUCAUUACUCAUGCCAAGGACCGGAUCAUCUUCGCUGAUGCCAUCCUCUUGAAUACCUUGGCCCAGGUCAAUAUCAACGCGCUAAGCUCGGUCGAGCUCCUCGUUUGUGUGGGAGAGGACGGUGAGCCUGGCAAGUGGUCUUUGCCUCCGGCGCUGGAGGCAAUCAAGGCGGUCGACUACGAGACCUUCCUCGCAACAGGCGAUCAGGACUUUGUGUGGCCUUUGGUGCCUGAAACUUCGACUAUGGGCUUGUGCUACACCUCGGGCACUACUGGGCGUCCAAAAGGUGUUGGAUACUCGCAACGUUCGACGUACUUGCAUACGCUCAUGUCCAACGGUGUGGACCAGCUGGGCAUCUCUGGACGACAUGUCGUGCUCCCGUUUGUCCCCAUGUUCCACGUCCUCAGUUGGGGUGUGCCCUUCAACAUUCUCAUGAUGGGCUGCCGCGCUGUCUUCACCUCCCACUUCACGGACCCAGGAUCCCUGCUGCAGACGAUCGGAGACUGGAAAGUGCAGCUGUCGUGCGGCGUACCCACCGUUUGGCAGGGUGUGCGUGCACAGAUCCAGAAAGAAGGAGUUGCGAAGUGGAAGCCCCUGUUGGCUUUACAGCGCCUCGUUUGUGGAGGCUCCGCCCCAGCUCCGGAGAUGAUGCGUUGGUACUUAGAUAACCUCGGUGUGGAGUUCAUUCAGGUGUGGGGAAUGACGGAGACCAAUCCUCUCGGUUCGAUGUCAAUACGGCUCGGCAAAGUCGCGGAUUUGGCGAAGAGCGUCAAUGACACCUUCAAGAACGUGGUUAAAGCCGGCUUGCCCACUCCAGGAGUGGAGGUUCGCAUCGCGCAGUUUGAGGAUCUGAGCCGCGAUGCUCCGUGUGGUCAAACUGGUGAGCUGCUUGUGCGCGGGCCGUGGGUCAUCCAGGAGUACUUCCAGGUCGGAGUGGGCUUGACGGAAGUUUCCGCAGCAGUCAUAUGUGUGGAACUAGGAGCAGCCGCCCUCUUUAUGAGCAGCGCGGCGGUUAUGUACUAG